GAAGUGCAGGAAGAACUGAAGUAGGGAUCUGGCCAGAGAAUGGGCCGAAAUCACCGCCAGCUGCUUUAAGUGAGAUGCAAACGAGAACUUCCCGACGGUCGGGAUCCGACCUUCUAAGGCCGCUAAAGCCCGAGAGCAGGAGGCAGCAUGGAGAUUCAAACUCGGAUCGCGAACGAAAAGUACCUGAGGGCCCACAAAGAAGUGGAGCUGCUCAUAAGUGGUUUCUUCAGAGAAAUUUUUCUGCAAAGACCAGACAACAUCCUAGAAUUUGCUGCAGACUAUUUUACGGAUCCAAGACUUCCCAACAAGAUUCACAUGCAGCUAAUUAAAGACAAGAAAGCAGCUUAAUUAGCAAAAUCAUGAUGCUCAGCUGUUGGCAGAGACCAGACAGAAUCCAGCCUUGGGGUCAUCUGGAAGCCUGAGAGCCCUGUCGCCGUCAGUGUGGGUUUCCAAGCUGCCUUGGGCUCUGUCUGCUGUCGCAGAGGCUUUUAAAGAUGCUCAUUAAAAACAGACCUUCCUGCUCUC